UAAAGUUCAGAGGGUGCUCGGCUGUCAUCAAGUAAAGAACAAUAAAGAAGUCCGUCAUUUGCCUGCGAGGAACCAUCAGAGUAAAAAGUUUGUUUUUCCUUUCGCUUCGAAAACUAUUUAGUGAAAUCACAUCGGCUCUAUCGCGCGGAUUAUCGAGGCCAUUAAGUGCGCAUUAAAUGGCUUGGCACUUUCGCGUUCGGUCAAAGUGGCAUUUACGAAUGAUGAGAUGCAACAACUGCACUAGCAGUGAAUUCUUGAAGUGAAAAAUAAGCUCUCAGUGAUUCAUCCUCAUCGAAAGGAGAUAAAAAAAUCAAAAUAUUGUGCAUUUGGUGGAAUAGAAAAAUUAUUAGUUUUGUGUGUUACUUCAAACUCGCCCUAGAGACAUGUACUGUUUGCAAUGUUUGAUUCCGGUGCUGCUAAUACCGAAGCCGACGAAUCCGGCACUCAUGCAAACGCACGUCAUGUUCAUAGUGCUGUAUCUGAUCGGAUUCUUCCUAGAGCGUAAACCGUGCACAAUCUGCAGCCUGGUCUUCCUGGCCGCUGUGUUCCUGAUCUGCAACAGCGGAGUUGGGAAUUGUCUCUUCUGGGGCAACUGCGAGGGUCACACGUGCGACAAUGGCUAGUGGAAAAACAUCGAAAGAAAAGAACCCGGAAGAGAGUGGUGCUGAGUUCCAAAGGCCCAACCUGCUGGGAAAUCCAUUGAUAUCCUCUGACUUUAUUUUUACUGAAACUGUUGAAAGCUGUAACGUAAGUGUUGUGUCCUAUUUUUAAACUACUAUUAACGAAUAAUAAGACAAACCGAGUAAAGUACAUAUGUGAAUCGAAUUAAAACGAAACGAAGUGAGAAAUUUCAACCAAAGUGUGUGUAUUCUAGUUCCAUUUUUUGCCUAUGUAAAAUUUCGAAACCAUUACCACAAAACUGAAAGCGGGACUUUCGAGUUCUAGCGGAAACCCUUCCUGAAGUCAAUGGAAUGGGAAGUGUGACAUUAGUUUUUAAUUGUUUUAGUCGGUUUGUUUCUCUUCUCUUUUUCUUUUGUCUUAGUUCUAGAUUGAGAUGUACGAUUGUAGGGCACUUGUAAAAACAAAUUGGAAUCAAUCAGGUGUAUCAUUUAAGAUUCUUUUUUUUUUCAAUGGGAAAGUUAAAUAUGCGGAGCUAACACAGCACAACCACGCAAGAUGAACGUUGAAGGUCGCACGAACGGAUUUUUUUCUUGUUUUUAUCAUGUAAGUGUGGAAUAGAGGUUAAAGCCUCACAAAUAGAUUGUUCUAGUUGUUACCUUGUGAUAUAGAAGUUCGUGACGGUUCUUGACACUGUGCAUUACUAACCCCGAGUGCUCCUAACGGCAGACAUCAAGAACCGGUUAAUUCUCUUCCUUCCCCUGAUUCAACUUUACUCAUACUGAUAAACGGAACAAAUUGUUAAGCAAAUAGGGAUGAUACAGUAACUAAAAACCCUCUCCAAAAUGUAUAUAUUAGUGAACAUACUCUUGUACUAUUUAUUUUUGUAUUAACUUUGACCCUUAGGUUAGCGUGUUGAAAAUUUGAAACAAUUAAAUACUUCAUAACUGCUAGGUAUAUCGAAUUAGGAACGAGAUGAAAGGAAAAUAUGAAGAUCAAUAAAGAAACAGUGAAUAAUGAA